GAAACAACAGAGAAAAUAUAUAAAAUUAAAAAGAGAUAGAUUUGUAUCUCUUUCUCUCACCCUCUCUCUCGCUCUCUCUCUACUCGCCGGCACUCAUUCCACCUCUCUCUAUUUCAAACGCCAAUUAUACAUACACCGAUUUGUAUCUAUAUAUUUCUCCACACAAACACACACAUUUGUAGAUUGCGAUGUCGACGGAAGAUGAAAAGCUGUUGAAAGAGGCGAAGAAAUUGCCGUGGGAGGAUCGAUUGACGCACAAGAACUGGAAGGUACGGAACGACGCCAACAUCGACCUCGCCGCCGUUUGUGCUUCUAUUUCCGAUCCGAAGGAUCCUCGUCUCCGUGAUUUCGGUCCGUUUUUUCGGAAGACGGUGGCAGAUGCUAAUGCUCCGGUUCAAGAGAAGGCGUUGGAUGCGCUGAUUGUGUUUUUGAAAGUUGCGGAUGCGGAUGCCGGAAGGUAUGCGAAAGAAGUGUGUGAUGCGAUUGUGGCAAAGUGUUUGACGGGACGACCGAAGACUGUGGAGAAGGCGCAGGCUAUAUUUAUGCUUUGGGUAGAGUUAGAGGCUGUCGAUGCGUUUCUGGAUGCUAUGGAGAAAGCAAUCAAAGCUAAAGUCGCGAAAGCAGUUGUACCUGCCAUAGAUGUCAUGUUUCAAGCCCUAAGUGAGUUUGGAUCAAAGGUUGUGCCUCCGAAAAGAAUUUUAAAGAUGCUUCCGGAACUCUUUGAUCACCAAGAUCAGAAUGUUCGUGCUUCAUCUAAAGGGGUUACACUUGAGCUUUGUCGUUGGAUUGGAAAAGAUCCAGUGAAGUCGAUUUUAUUUGAGAAAAUGCGUGAUACGAUGAAAAAAGAAUUGGAGGCCGAGCUUGCUAACGUCACAGGGUCUGCUAGGCCAUCUCGUAAAAUAAGAUCUGAGCAAGACAAAGAGCCAGAACCUGAAGCUAUGUCUGAGGUUGCAGGGUCUGGUCCAGCUGAAGAAGCAGCUGCAGAUACUCCCCAGGAGAUAGAUGAGUAUGAACUUGUAGAUCCUGUUGAUAUAUUGACACCUUUAGAGAAGACCGGAUUCUGGGCUGGAGUGAAAGCUACCAAGUGGUCAGAACGGAAAGAGGCUGUAGCAGAGUUAUCUAAGCUUGCUUCAACAAAAAGAAUUGCUCCUGGUGAUUUUACAGAAAUUUGUAGAACACUUAAAAAGCUUAUUACAGAUGUAAAUAUUGCUGUUGCAGUCGAAGCUAUCCAAGCAAUUGGCAACCUUGCCAGGGGUUUGAGGACCAAUUUUUCAGGGAACUCACGGUUCAUGUUGCCAGUUCUACUUGAAAAAUUGAAAGAGAAAAAGCCUACUUUGACAGAUGCUCUUACUCAAACUCUACAAGCAAUGUACAAGUCUGGGUGCUUGAAUCUUGCAGACAUUGUUGAAGAUAUCAAGACUGCUGUUAAAAAUAAAGUUCCGCUUGUACGGUCUUUGACUUUAAACUGGUUAACAUUUUGUAUUGAGUCAAGCAACAAGGCUGUUCUCCUCAAACUGCACAAGGAAUAUGUUCCAAUAUGUAUGGAGUGCCUCAACGAUGGGACACCUGAUGUAAGGGAUGCUGCCUUUUCAGCUUUGGCAGCAUUGGCAAAGUUGGUUGGCAUGAGGCCUUUAGAAAAUUCAUUAGAAAAACUUGAUGAAGUUCGAAAAAAGAAACUUUCUGAAAUGAUUGGGAGCUCUGGAGGCGGUCAACCAGUGGCUGCAGGUUCAGCUGCAGUCAAAUCUUCAAGUGGAAGCAUGCCCGGUUCUGAGUCGUCUGAUGCAUCAUAUGUUCGGAGGUCUGCAGCUAGCAUGCUCAGUGGAAAAAGACCUGUUCAAGCAGCAGCUGCUAACAAGAAAGUAGGUUCUGUGAAAUCUGGUGCGAGUAAGAAAGGAGAUGGAUUGGGACCCUCAAAAGCUCCAAAAGCCAUUGAGCCUGAAGAUGUUGAGCCAGCUGAUAUGGGUCUUGAAGAGAUUGAAAGCAGGUUAGGAUCACUUAUUCAAGCAGAGACAAUUGCUUUGUUGAAGAGUGCAGUGUGGAAAGAAAGGCUUGAAGCAAUUGUAUCCCUCAAGGAACUAGUCGAAGCUAUACAGAACAUUGACGCCUCAGUGGAGAUUUUGAUACGUUUACUAUGUGCUGUUCCUGGUUGGAAUGAGAAAAAUGUUCAGGUUCAGCAACAGGUUAUUGAGGUCACUAUACAUAUUGCUUCUACUGCAUCAAAGUUUCCCAAAAAAUGUGUGGUUCUUUGCAUUCAAGGUGUCAGUGAAAGGGUUGCCGAUAUCAAGACACGUGCACAUGCCAUGAGGUGCCUAACGACCUUUUGUGAGUCUGUGGGACCAGGAUUUAUAUUUGAAAGAAUGUACAAAAUAAUGAAAGAGCACAAGAAUCCAAAAGUUCUCAGUGAGGGACUUCUUUGGAUGGUUACAGCAGUUGAUGAUUUUGGUGUAUCACUUUUAAAAUUGAAGGAUUUGAUUGAUUUCUGCAAGGAUGUUGGUCUGCAAUCCAGUGCUGCUGCUACAAGAAAUGCCACUAUUAAACUUAUCGGUGCUUUACAUAAGUUUGUUGGUCCAGAUAUCAAAGGGUUUCUGUCCGAUGUGAAACCAGCUCUUCUUAGUACACUUGAUGCUGAGUAUGAGAAGAAUCCAUUUGAGGGAGCAGCUGCAGCUCCAAAAAAAACUGUGAAGUUGGCAGAUUCGUCAGCAUGUGCUUCUGGUGGUGGGCUAGAUAGCCUUCCUCGAGAGGAUAUUAGUGGGAAGAUCACACCAACUCUGCUUAAAGGUUUAGAGAGUUCAGAUUGGAAGAUUCGUAUGGAAUCUAUUGAAGCUGUAAAUAAAAUCCUUGAAGAGGCUAAUAAGCGUGUUCAGCCUACUGGUACAGUGGAGUUAUUUGGGGCUCUAAGAGGUCGGCUGUAUGAUAGCAACAAAAACUUAAUCAUGGCUACUUUGUCUACAAUUGGUGGCAUUGCAUCUGCAAUGGGACCCGCUGUUGAGAAGGCAAGCAAGGGAAUUCUUUCGGAUGUUUUGAAAUGCCUUGGUGACAAUAAAAAGCACAUGCGAGAGUGCACUUUGACUACUUUGGACUUGUGGCUUGCUGCUGUUCAUCUUGACAAAAUGGUGCCUUACUUUGCUGCUGCUUUAAUGGAUGCUAAAAUUGGUGCUGAAGGUCGUAGGGAUAUUUUUGAAUGGUUGUCCAGACAACUUGCUGGAUUAAAAGACUUUACAGAUGCUAUACAUCUACUGAAACCAGUUGCCACAGCUAUGACAGAUAAAUCAGCAGAUGUUCGUAAAGCUGCAGAAGUUUGCUUUGGUGAAAUACUGAAAGUCUGCGGGCCCGAGUUGGUGACUAAGAAUGUAAGAGAUAUACAAGGACCUGCUUUAGCUAUUGUUCUUGAUAGAUUAAAGCCGUAUGGGGCUUCUCGAGAUACAUAUGAAUCCACAAGAACCACAUCAACUGCACCACCUUCAAAAGGUGGCUUAAAGAGUGGAAAGUCUAAUGGUGCUGUGUCAAAGCAUAGCAGAGCUGUUGCUCCGAGAGGUGUCUUGGCAAAGGGUGCAAGGCCUGAGACCAUCAUGUCUGUUGAAGAUAUUAACAUGCAUUCCCAGGCUCUAUUAAAUAUCAGGGACUCCAAUAAGGAUGAGAGGGAGAGACUAGUUGUGCGCAGGUUCAAGUUCGAAGAACCACGCCUAGAGCAAAUUCAAGAUCUUGAGAGUGAUCUCAUGAAGUACUUUAGGGAUGAUUUACACAAAAGGCUUUUAAGCUCAGAUUUUAAAAAGCAAGUUGAUGGUAUUGAUAUGCUGCAAAAGGCACUUCCAUCUAUUAGCAGAGAUAUCACAGAAGUUCUGGAUAUCCUUUUGAGAUGGUUUGUUUUGCGGUUAUGUGAAUCCAAUACGUCAUGCAUAUUAAAGGUUUUGGAAUUUCUUCCUGAACUCUUUGGCACACUGAGAAAUGAAGGGUACAUCAUGACAGAAUCGGAAGCUGCAAUAUUUCUUCCGUGCUUGUUUGAGAAGUCUGGACACAACAUUGAAAAAGUAAGGGAAAAGAUGCGUGAACUAACUAAACUAAUUAUCCAUACAUAUUCUGCGGCAAAGACUUUCCCUUAUGUAUUGGAGGCUUUACGUUCUAGAAACAACAGAACUCGAAUAGAGUGUGUGGAUCUUGUUGCUUAUUUACUUGACAAUCAUGGGCCUGAGAUCAGUGGGCAAUUAAAGUCAUUGCAAAUUGUUGCAAGCUUAACAGCAGAACGAGAUGGUGAACUUAGGAAGGCUGCUCUUAACUCUCUUGCUACGGGUUAUAAAAUUCUCGGUGAUGACAUAUGGAAAUAUGUUGGCAAGGUAACAGAAGCACAGAGAAGCAUGAUAGAUGAUCGAUUUAAGUGGAAGGCUCGAGAGAUGGAAAAAAGAAAAGAAGGGAAGCCUGGUGAAGCUAGGGCUGCUUUGAGACGUUCUGUUAGAGAAAAUGGGCCGGAAGCAGCAGAACAAAGUGGUGAAAUUUUUCGAUCUAUGUCUGGCCCGAUAGUUAGUAGAGAGAAUUAUGAUCAACCUGAUCUUCACAUGGAAAGGCAUUCAAUGCCGAGAGCACUUGCCAGUCCUAUUGGUCCCACAGACUGGAAUGAAGCUCUGGAUAUAAUUGUUUAUGGUUCUCCUGAGCAGUCUGUCGAAGGAAUGAAAGUUGUCUGCCAUGAGCUUUCCCAAACUAUGAAUGACCCUGAUGGGAGUGCAAUGGAUGAUGUCUUGAAAGAUGCAGAUAGGCUUGUUUCAUGUUUAGCAAACAAGGUAGCCAAGACUUUUGACUUCAGUUUGAUGGGGGCCUCUUCAAGGUCAUGUAAAUACGUCCUCAACACGCUAAUGCAGACAUUUCAAAAUAAAAGGCUUGCCCACGCGGUCAAAGAAAGUACUCUUGAUAGUCUCAUUACUGAGCUUUUGCUUUGGCUUUUGGAUGAAAGGGUUCCACGGAUGGAUGAUGGCAGUCAACUUUUGAAAGCUUUAAAUGUGUUGAUGCUUAAAAUAUUGGAUAAUGCCGAACGAACAUCUUCAUUUGUUGUACUUAUCAAUCUAUUACGCCCUCUGGACCCCUCUAGGUGGCCAUCUCCGCCAUCAAAUGAGUCUUUUGCCAUGCGGAAUCAGAAGUUUUCAGACCUGGUUGUCAAAUGUUUGAUUAAACUUACCAAGGUUCUUCAGAGUACCAUAUAUGAGGUUGACCUUGAUCGAAUACUUCAGAGCAUUCAUGUAUACCUGCAAGAGCUUGGAAUGGAAGAGAUUAGGAAAAGAGCUGGGGCUGAUGAUAAACCACUGCGCAUGGUCAAAACCGUUCUACAUGAGCUUGUUAAGCUUCGUGGGACUGCUAUUAAAGGCCAUCUUUCAAUGGUACCAAUCGAUAUGGAACCCCAACCAAUUAUUCUUGCCUAUAUCGACCUUAAUCUUCAGACCUUGGCAGCUGCAAGAAUGUUGACUCCAUCAGGACCAGUUGGCCAGAGUAACUGGGGUGAUUCAACAGCGAAUAAUUCCUCACAGGCCACACAUUCUGCGGACUCCCAGUUGAAGCAAGAGUUGGCUGCAAUCUUUAAAAAGAUUGGGGAGAAGCAAACAUGCACCAUUGGCCUGUACGAGUUAUACAGGAUCACCCAAUUAUAUCCCAAGGUUGAUAUAUUUUCUCAACUACAAAAUGCUAGUGAGGCAUUUCGUACUUACAUUAGAGACGGUUUAUCUCAGAUGGAGAAGAAUGCAGCAGCUGGCAGAACACCUUCAAGUGUACCCUUAGCAACUCCCCCGCCUUCUUCUUUGAACCUUUCCUCCCCAAAAUUUGCACCCCUGUCACCUGUACAUACAAAUACGCUAAGUGAGGCAAAAUCUGUAAAUUCUAAAGUAGAACCUACGAGCUUUAGUUUACCCCCAUCUUAUGCAGAAGAUGACAAAGCUUAUAAUACCAUGAUGUCGAGAGGUCCAAUAUCUGAUCAUCAAGAAUUGAGACAUCAGACUGGCGAGCAAAAUGAAAGAUUCCCUCCCGGAGUUACUGGAGGAACGCUAAAUGCAAUUAGAGAAAGGAUGAAGAGUAUUCAGGCAGCUGCUGGAAACCCGGAAUCAGGAAACAGACCACUUAUGAACUUAAAUGGCAGUGUGGACCCGAGCCAAAUUUCCCAAUCUACAGACCGAGCCAAUUUUGAGAAUCCUGCACAGGUUGGUGUCCUCCCUAUGGAUGAGAAGGCAUUAUCUGGGCUACAAGCACGGAUGGAAAGGCUUAAAAGUGGGUCGAUUGAACCUAUGUAGGAAGAGAGGUCUACAAGUGGCCAUUUUGAGCGUCAGGGAAUUAAUUAUUCCCUAAUAUGCUAGCGCCACAAUGAAGAGGCUCGGCAGAUGUAAUUAUUCAACCAGUGCGGUAUAGAUGAUUCAAAUUAUUGGUGCAAUGAUCAUUUGCAUAGGUGUUUGUAUCAUAAUCUUAAUUUUGUAGAAGAGUUGUAAUGAAACAGUGUUGUUUGUUGUGUAGUGUACUUAGUGUUGAGCAGCUGGUAAAACAGUGUAUAUUAUAUGCUUAUGUUUCUAUAUCGGCAUAUUGGUUAGGAGAUUAUAAAUGGAUGUUCGAUGUUGUCAUUGAAUUUCUCAGCAGUUUACAGUUGCAACAUAGAUACGUACAAACGUAAUAUGGCAUUAUUAUAAUGGUAUCACGAGUACAAGGGUCAUUUUUGGCUUUAUGA